UCUUGACGGGCGCUUCCUGCCGGCGCUCUGAGAGGCGGUUUGGACGGUGGCGACGGGGAGCGGAGCGGAGGACGCGGCUCUUCGCGGCUCCCCACCGGUCCGGCCUCCCCCUCCGCGGUCCCCGAGGCGAGUCGGCGCGGCCUGGUUCUCCCCCCCCCCCCCCCGCCCGGCCAUGGCGGACUUCGACGAGAUCUACGAGGAAGAAGAAGACGAGGAGCGGGCCUUGGAGGAGCAACUGCUGAAGCACUCGCCGGACCCGGUGGUGGUGCGCGGCUCGGGCCAUGUCACUGUGUUUGGGCUUAGCAACAAAUUUGAAGCAGAAUUUCCUUCAUCGUUAACGGGAAAAGUGGCACCCGAGGAAUUUAAAGCCAGCAUCAGCAGGGUGAACAGCUGCCUCAAGAAGAACCUUCCAGUUAAUGUCCGGUGGCUGCUCUGUGGCUGCCUGUGCUGCUGCUGCACUUUAGGUUGCAGUAUGUGGCCAGUGAUUUGCCUCAGUAAAAGAACGCGAAGAUCGAUUGAGAAGUUAUUAGAAUGGGAAAACAAUAGGUUAUACCACAAGCUGUGCUUGCAUUGGAGGCUAAGCAAAAGGAAAUGUGAAUCGAAUAACAUGAUGGAAUAUGUCAUCCUUAUAGAAUUUUUACCAAAGACACCAAUUUUCCGACCAGAUUAGCAUAUGCUUUACUUAGAGACUUUCCCAAGUAUAUUGUCUUUCCAAUGGUGCCUUGCUACGUGCUCUACUGAUGGCGAUACAGUGUUGGUUCUACAGAAUCUUGUGGUGUUUUUAUUCUUUGUUUUUUAUAACAGCAUGUUCAAAGUGCGUUUUAUCAAAUGUUGC